AUGUCUGAUCUUGAGUCGUUCACCGAGUACGACACCGCGUACCAGACGAGCCUGGAGAACCAGAUCCAGUUGAAGAAACGGCUGUUGCAGGCGGCAGAGAAACAGCUCGAACAAUUCCGGUCGCUCGAGCAAGAGAGCUCGUUCAAGUCCACACAGAUAGCUCUCACAGACACCCUCACCAAGAUCCCGUUCCACCCGCCAAGAAACGACCUGGUGGGGCUGUCGUUGACCGAGGAGAACCUGCUCGCGCACAUCGAGGGCACCGCCAAGUCUCUCGAAUCGCUCAAGUCCGCCAACUCCAGUCUGCAAACGCGCAAGGACGACAUGGAAUCGACCGCGUCGGUGUUUGCAGCGCUCAAAUCGCAGUUCCAGACCCGCAUCCACGACGAGCUCGCCAAGAAACAGCAGCUGCUCGACCACCAGGUGGACGAUUCGUGCAGAGACCCGUACGAGGAGAAAAAAGCCCGGCUCGAGAAACGGUCCAAGAAACUGAUCAAUAUCUCCAAGAAAUUGAUCGUGGACUACGUGCUACGCAAGGAGUUUGAGAUCCUGUUUUCGGAACAGGAACUAGAAGACAGAAAACAAACGUUCUUAAAACUGCUGGAGAUCUUGCUAAAUAACUCGAUCAUGACCUCUGGCAGCUCCAAACUGCUUGAAAUCGACAACAAAGACGACCCGCUCAUCAGAUACCUUGUUAUCAACAAUAUAAUCGUGGUGGACUCGAAAAACCCAAACAAGAUCAAACUCAGAGAUCUGGCUACCAACAUUUAUUGA